ACUAGAUUUUCCUCCCUGCAGACGCCUCUCUCUUUCUCUUAAUCCAAGUUCUUCUUUUGUUGAAAACUUCAAAGCAUCUUUUCUCCGAGGACUCUCCAAAAAAAUCUUGGCUUCACACCUCACAAAGUCCAUUCCAUCCGCAUUUUCUUUUUCUUUGAAUUCACAUGCAGUUUCAACCAAGAAAUCAUUUUCAAAGGAAUUGGAAUUCAACCUUCCAUUGAAUCCCAGUGGGUGUUGUUCUCAUCUUCUAGCCACUUUUGGUCUGAUCCCACCAUACCAGAUCAUUAAAGCCUCUCCAAUUACACUAAAAGGAAAAACCAGGGAAUUCCCAUAUGAUGGAAGAUGACAAGAAGCUCAAGCUAAUUCUAACACUGUGCUCGGCAGCAUUUCUAGCGACCGUGUUGUGUUUCAUCUACUUGUGUUGUAGACAAAGAAGGCAGAAUGAAGAUGAUGAGAAAGCAAGCUUGGGGUUGAAGGAAAGUGAUGAAGAAAAUAAAGAAAAUUUGGUAACUUUUGAAGGUGGCCAAGAUCUUACUAUCUAUGAUAUAUUGGACGCGCCUGGUGAAGUGAUUGGGAAGUCAAAUUACGGAACUUUGUACAAGGCUAGUUUCACGGGAAGGAGGGCGGGGUCACUGAGGCUGCUUCGGUUUCUGAGGCCUGCUUGCAGCGGAAGAAUGGAGGAAGUUGUUGGUGUGAUUCAUAUGCUGGGGUGUAUAAGGCAUAAUCGCUUGGUUCCACUUGAAGCGUUUUACGCAGGGCCUAAGGGUGAGAAGCUUCUUGUUCAUCCAUUUUACGGAUAUGGGAAUCUGGCGCGCUUCAUCAGAGAUGGAAAUGGAGAGUCUCACAAAUGGGCAGUCAUCUAUAGAAUAUCUGUUGGUAUUGCUCAAGGAUUGGAUCAUCUCCACACAGGAUUGCAGAAGCCUGUAAUCCAUGGCAAUCUCAAGUCCAAGAACAUACUUCUGGAUCAAAACUACCAACCUUACAUCUCGGAUUUUGGGCAACACCUCCUCUUGAAUCCAAGUGCAGGACAAGAAAUGCUUGAAAGUUGUGGAGCUCAGGGAUACAGGGCUCCUGAGCUCAUCAAAAUGAAGGAUGUAUGCCAAGAGACUGAUAUCUACAGCCUUGGGGUAAUAUUACUUGAAUUACUUACAGGGAGGGAACCCAUCAAUGAGAACCCAUCAGCUGAUGAGGAUUUUUACUUGCCUAACUCAAUCAGAAAUGCAGUCCUUGACCAUAGGAUAAAAGAUGUGUUCAAUCCACUCAUUCUUCUCAGCCCUGUAUCUGAAGAAUGCGUUCUCAAAUUGUUUCAGCUUGCCAUGGCUUGUUGUUCUCCCUCACCAACUCUUAGACCCAACAUCAAGCAAAUUCUCAGGAAGAUGGAAGAAAUUGGAAAAUAAGAGCUUUCGACUUCUUUUUUCUUUUCCUUUUUUGUAGACAACGCAACAUGGUAUUGGUGGUAAUUCUCAUCCUUGGUUAAUCUAGUUGUGGCAACUGGCAACAGUGGAGGUUGUGGUGAUGACAUUGACUUUGAUGCCCACAAUUUUGACAAAGGGACUGUGGAAUCGGUGACAGGGACAUUUAGAGGGAAAGCCUUGUCUGAAGCCAACAAGAUCGAAGUCUUCUAGCCAUCAUCCACUAAGGGUUAUAUCAGCGUAUUGGUUAUUGGGCUUGUUGGAUCUUACAGUUUAUUUAUUGCCAAAAGUGUGGUCAACAAAGGGGAUUCUGGAUUGGAGAUGGUCCCAUCAUUGAUGCUGUUGUGGAUAGUUUAAUCAGGGUUUAGUUUAGAAACAAUAGUUGAAGCAUGGUCCCAUUAACAACUCUCUGUGAUUUACUUUCAGUGCUUGGCUCCAAACAUUGCAGAAACGGCAUGGGAAUCAAGUUUUGUUUGGAAUUUACAGUGAAAGUGAACUUUUGUUUUUCCCUAUUGGCGGGUGGCUUGUGUCAUUUCCCAUGGGAGAAAGCAACACGCCCCCCCACCCCACCAAGUCUUUGUGGAUGAGGUUUCAGUUUUGUCCCCAUUAAUUGUAUAUUCAAGUUCAGCCACAUAGAUUCAAGAAAUGUUAUACUGCUCCGAUUCUCCCCCUCA